GUCAUCGUAUGCAUUUGGGAUUUUCGUAAACUUUCGAAACAUCUACUUCUAAUUCAGAACAUUAUUUGUUUUAUUAGCAACGUAGUAGGUCCUGGUGAAAGCAACAAAAGACAACAUGUUAUUAGUGAUACUGAUCCACACUACUUAUCAAUUGACUGUUACAGCUCAACAUAACCUUACACCAUAUGGAACAGCUUCACAGAGUUCUAAUCAUGAAACAAGCUUACCCCAAAAUGCUAUACAGCCACCUAUAUCAAAUACAUUUAGUAUUUCGUCAUGUGCUCAUACAGCUCUUGUUCCUGGACCAGCUUGGUGAAUGUUUCAUUUUUCUUCUGGAUAUGCGUACAUCACAAAUAUAAAACUAUACUAUAGAGAAAACUAUGCUUAUCGCAUGGACGGAUUUAAAUUAUAUGUGACCAACUCAUCAACUAUUCCACCUGAUGGUUAUCUCUGUGAUGAAGAUGUCCCUGGUCUUCCUCAUCCAAGCACUACCAUGACAAUACCAUGUAGACAACUUGGAACAUACAUCAUUUAUUACGAUAAUACAGGCGAUUACCAAUUUGGACCAAUCAUUGAAUUAUGCUAUGUUGCUAUUACAGGAUGUCGAAAGGGUAUGUGGGGAACAGGCUGUUACACAACAUGUCCAUCAGUAUGUAUAGACCAACAUUGCUACCCUGAAAAUGGUUUAUGUGUUUGGGGGUGUGGUGAACAGAAAUGCUUGAAUAACAGAUGGGAUAAACAAACAGGUGUUUGUAGUGAAGGAUGUGUUAGAGAAUUCUCGCAAUUAUGUAAUUGUUUCAAAUGUAAGUACAUAUGAUAAGUACUGCAAGAAGAUGUGGUAUGAUUGCAAAUGAGAUAACUCUGAAUCCAUGUCACAAUUUGUGAAAGUAAACCAUUAAAGGUCAGAGUACGGAAUUUGACACGGAGCCUGGGUUCACACCAAACAUCAAACAACGAACAUAAACGAUAAGUGUAUCAAAUUCUAGAAAAUUAUGAGUACCAUUAAAAGAGACUGCUUUUUUAUUUGGUAAAUCACCUCGAGUCAACUUUUACGAAAUCAAUAAAAUACUCAAAA